AUGCCAAAUAAAUAUGAACAAGAUUUAGAGAUCGACGAAUCCAAUGAUUUGACAAUGGACAAUUUACAAAGUCGUAAAUCGGCUGAAUUGACUUCACUUGGAUAUCUUCCUGAUUCAAUUCUUAUUUUAAUAUUUUCUUAUUUAACUCCUCUGGAUCUUAUUCGUUGUACACGUGUAUGUCAUCGUUGGCAUCUAAUUGUUUCACAUCAGCAACAAUUAUGGCGUCGUCUGUUUUUACGUCCUGAUUGUACUAAUGGUCAUAUUGGUGCAGUUCAUGUACGACAUAUUGAUAAAUUUAUUUAUAUGCUUGGCACACGUUGUGCAUCAUCACUUAUUUAUAUUGAUUUACCUGUUGAAUUAGUUACAGUUGAAGUUUUGCGUGUAUUAGCUUCACAUUGUCCUAAUUUAGAAUAUUUAACAUUAGAUUUUUCAUCAGCUAUGCAAUUACAUGAUUUUAGUGAAUUAAAUGAAUUUCCAUGUAAUCUUAAACGUUUAUGUAUUUGUUUAUCGGAAGUUAUUUUUCUUGAAGGAUUUAUGCGUCGAAUCUAUGGAUAUAUAUCAUCUUUAAAUACAUUACAUAUUAUUGGUACAAUAGAAAAAUCUUCAAUAACAUCAACAGAAGAAACUGAUACAUAUGAAACAAUAAAUAUUAGUAAAAUUAAAACACAUGCACCAAAUUUACGUGUUAUUAAUUUAUAUGGUAUAAGUUUUAUUGAUGAUAAUCAUGUUGAAUUAAUUGCAUCGGGUUGUAUGCAUCUUCAAUGUCUUGCAUUAAAUUUUUGUAUUCGAAUACGUGGUACAAGUUUUAAAAAUUUAAUGAAUCGUUGUACCAAAUUACAAUGUUUAUUAUUACAAAAUACGGGUAUUCAAGAUGAUGCAAUGGUUGCUAUUGAUUGGUCAUCAACUCAACUUUCAGAAUUAGAUAUUUCAUCAACAGAAUUAAGUGAAAAUGGUUUAUUGGUUUUUUUUUCUGUUGUACCAAAACUUACAUAUUUAGCAGUUUCUUAUUGUGAUGGUUUUACUGAUAAGGUAUUAAAUUUAUUAAUGGAUCGAGGUAUAUUAAAUGGAUGUCGAGCACUUGAUUUGAGUAAUACAGUGAAUUUAAAUGUUGAUACAGUACAUCAUUUAUUAACAUCAUCACCCAGUAUUACUUAUCGACUUGAAGCAUUAAAUUAUACAGGUCAUGAUGAUAUUACAGAACAAUUUUGGAUUGAUACUAUACGAUAUCUUCGUCGAAUUAAAAUAUUAAUCAUUGGUACAGCACAUAGUUGGUUUCGACAAAUUGCACGUCGUAUUCAUAUUGAUCAAAUAUUAGAAGCAUGUGCAAUACAUUGUCCUAAAUUAACACGUUUUGAAAUUCAAUGGGAUCCUGAAACAUUACGUUUUAGUGAAAAUUCAUCAAAAUUUAUCGAUCAUCUCAGAGUACGAUGUACAAAUUUAUUAUCAUUUGUUCUCUCUGAUGGAGCUUAUUAUGAAGGAGCUAAAGCAAAUUUUGAACGAGCUGAACGAUUUAGUGUAGUACGAACAACAACAAUGUAUCAAACAAGUAUUAUUAGUGCACUUAGUUUUUAUAAUGAAUUACGAUUUAAUUAA